UAAUACAUUAAACAUAUGGUAAUGGAUAGAAGUUAUUUUUGUUGAAGUCAUAUGUAUUGAAAUUAUAUGUACUUUUUAUAGAAAGGUUUUAUACGAAUGAAGUAGUUACCGUUCGAACGAUUUUAACGGACGCUGUGUGGAAGUCCUCACGAAAGUAAUUAAUUUAAAAUGGUGAGAUGAUCGUUUGGCAAUAUGUCCAUACAUGAUUGCCAAGGUGUGCCAUAAUAAUUCGAAUAAGAAAUGUGGUGGAAUCCUGGAGCUGGUACUGGGGAUAACCCCCCUGUCUCAUAUCAUGAAGAAGAAGAAGAAGAAGAAGAUCUGAAAGAUCAGUUUCAGCAACAGCAAGAGAAGAUAACACAAUUGAAAGAGCUAUUGAAACAGAAUGAACAGAAAUUGGUGAACAAAGAAAAACAAGUUGAGCAAUAUGCCACAAAACUUUCUGACAUUAAAUCACGUUCAAAAGCAGCCAAACGCAAGGCAGUGAUGCAGAAACAGGACUGUACAGAACAUCAAGCACAGGUGAUGGAUCCUAGAACCCCAAAAGUUGAAAGUCUUAAAGAGGAAACGUCACCUCCUGGGAAGAGCAGCGCAGAAAAGGUGCCAAAAGGAAAUCUGAUCCUGCUACGAAAGAAGCUAGAAGAAAACAGGUUGAAAUUUGAACAACGUGGUAAGGAACUUAAUGAAAACAAGAAGGGAAUUUAUGAAAUGGUUCAACAUCUGAAAACCCAGUUGGAUGAGAGGGAUAUAAUGAUACAGGAACUGCAAAGAGGGCUUCAAGCUAGCCAGUCAACUGCCAAGCUUCAAGAAAUUAAGGAACAUAUAGCAACUUCAGCUGAAUUUUUAAGUCAAACACCAGAAGAACUGAUUACACAGAUUGUUUAUAGAGACAAUAAGAUUGUCGAGCUUAAUGAUAAAAUUGCUGAACUGGAAACCACCAUCCUGGAUUUGCAAGAAAACUUCCGUGAAAAGGACUCUGUGAUUGAUGCACGAACCAAAGCAAUUACACUAAUGUCAGAAGAUUUCUCAAGAAGAAACAAGGUAACAUUGGAUAACCUGGAGGAAACACGAGAAGAGAUGAGAAAAAUGCAAAAUAACUUUGUGGCACAAGAAGUAAAAAUGAAGGAAGAGAAUGAAAGACUGAAAGAGGAGGUGGCAGCUAAGGAUCAUAGGUUGCUUGAAUUGGAAGACAGUGUUAAGUAUUUGGAAUUGAUCAGGUUUGACCUGAGUACUAAGAAUGCAGAACUGCAGGAGAAAGUGGUAAGAGUUCAGGAACAGAAUCAAGAACUGCAGAAGAGGCCAAUGGAAGAGCAAGAUAAUACAAGAAUGGAGGACCUCACUCACCAACUGGAUGAUGCAAAUAAACAAAUCAUGAAAUUAAAAGUGCAACAAAAGACCAAAGUGAAGAACCUGACUAAGCAAUUAGAUGGAUUGAAGAAGAUGUCUGAUGCCAAUGAAGAGAUUGUGAAGCUUCAAAACAGAGUUGCAGAACUGGAAGAGGACAAAGGUAACCUACAGUUACAUCUGGUAGACUUUGAUGAAUUGAAAGUUUCAGAGGCACAUUGGCAGACCAGAGCAUCAGAGCUGGAGGAGAGAGUAUUUCAACAGAGUCAGGACCUCGACAGUCAUGUACAUGUGAUAACGUUACUGGAAGCAGAGAAACUUGAGCAUAUGCAAAGUAUCCAUACUGUAAAGGAGAAAGUAUCAAAUUUAGAAGCAGAAAUAGAAAACCUAAAGACAUCUCUACAGGAGCUUGAAAAUCAGAAAGUGACACUGGAGAUGAAGACAGUAGAUUUGGAAGAACAAGUUGAUAUCCUUACCAAAGAAAAGACAGAACUUCAGGAAGAAAUGGAAAUGAUGUCACAUAAGAAUCGAGCUGUCGAAGACCACGUGAAUGAACAGCCCAUUGCAACAAAAGUGAAGAAUGAUUUUGACACAAGCAGUUUCUUCCAGAAUUUGGAACUAGUGGAAAGACAAGAGGAGGAAAAACAGUUCCUGCCUGAGAGUGCAGAAUCUAAAAAUCUGAAUAAAUCUUUGGAACAAUUAAAGGUUGAACUUCUCAAUUCACAUAGAAUAAUUGAAGAACAGAAGGAAAUAAUUAUGGACUUAAAGUCUAAGAUAGACUCACGUGACGAAGAGUUAGAAAUGCAGAAUGAAAUAAUUGCAAAGUUGGAGAAUUUCAGUGGAGACUAUGACAGAGAUGAUAGGAUAGCAGAGAUAGUGAAAGAACUUAAUGAGGUAGCAGGUGAUCUUGAAGAAUGGAAGACAAGAUGCACGGAAGUGGAGAAGCGCUUGCAAGAUUUGGGCAAUGAGAAGAUGGAAUUAGAAGAACGUUUCAAAGAAGUGAAAAGUGAAAAUUCAGUGUUAAAUCAAGAACUUACUGAACAGAGGAAAGCUGCUGCUGAUUUGGCAUCCAAAUUGAAAGAGCAAAACAAUGCCAUCACUGGCCAAGAUGAAAGAAUAUCUUCACUGCAGAGUUUGAUAGAGAUAAAUGGACAGACUUUGGAAGCAAGAGAAAUGACUCUUAAAGAUGUACAUGAGAAGCUAAAUAGUGUGGAAAAGCAGUAUGAAUUAAAACAGUCAGAGCUGAAACUGACUGUUGCUAAUAAAGAGAAGGAAUUAUUAGACAUGACCUCGGUAUUAACAAAACAAGAGGACAUCUUAAAAGACAAGGAGAAACAAAUUAUGAAACUUAGUGAAACUUUACAGAAACAGAGUAAUGAGUUUGCUUCUCUCCAGCACCAUCUGUCAACUGUUGAAGAAAAUAUUUCUCUUCAGUUCCAUGCACAGUUACAUGAGAUGUCAGUGGCCCUUGCAGAAAAGGAUCAGUUGAACUGCCAGCUUGCAAAAGAAUGUCAUCAGCAUCAACAGCAAAUUGAGACUCUUACCACAGAGCUCUCUGAUAAAGUUCAGUAUAUCAAGGAAUUUGAAAUACAAACGGGAAAGCUGAAAGAUGUUGAACUGCAGUUGCAGUCAGCAGUAUCAAAUCUGAAUUCUUGUGAAGCAGAGUUGAGUGUCCUGAGACAAGCCCUUUCAUUAAAACAGUCUGAGAUAGAAGAAAAAAUGGAUAAACUGAAAGAAGUUGAAGGGAGGGUAACAGCACUGACUGAAAAGAAUAAAAAAUUCAUUGCAAAUUUAAAAGCCAAGGCUAUUGCUAUAAAAGGACAUGAGCAGAAGAUUCAGCAGUAUGAAACUCUUGUCCAGGCUAAGGAGAAGUUGAUUUCAGAGUUGACAACUCAGAAUGAGAAGCUUCUGGAACAACAGGCUAAUGAAGCAAAUGCCAGUAACUUGGAGCAACAGCUGAAAAUGAUUGACAUGUUAACAAAGGAACUGGAUGAGGAACGGUCAAGGACUGAAAUGAUUGGUGAUGAACUGUCAGAGGCAACUAAGAAGAUCAUAAUUCUUGAAAAUGAAUUGAAGGUAUCGGAAGCCAAGUUAGAGGAGAUAUCCUUGCUUGAAGAAAGACACUUGGCACUGGCCACUAAGAUAUCGGAACUGGAACGAGAGAGCGGUAUAAAUCAGAUGGAGUUAAGAAAUAAAGAUAAUCAGAUCAUGUUGCUGGAAGAAGAUAAAACAAGGUUAACUGAAGAGGGAGAUGCAAAGGAACAAGAAGAUGAACAGAAACGUUCGCUGUUAGAAAUUAAAAUUAAAGACCUGGAAACUGAGUUAGUGAAACAAAAAACUGAGUAUUUGGAGCAGUUUGAGGCAGAGAAAAGUGAACUUUUGCAACAACUGUUGAGUUCCAGAGAUUCAGCAGCAAAAGUCAGUGAACUUGAGGAAGAGCUCGAAAGUAAGAAUCAGAGAAUCACAGAACUGCAGGAACGGUUGAUGUCAUUAUCUGAAAGAAAUCAGCAGUCAUUAUCGGCAGUUGAAGCAAAGUUACAAGAACGUGAAGCUGUAGUUGAAUCCUUGGAACAGGAACUUUCAAAAACUAAAGAGAGAGUUCAGCAUUUGGAAGAAGGGUUAGCGGUUGUCGAAGAAAGACGUCAGUUAUUUGAAAAUGAAGCGGAAGCUUUAAAUAUUAAGCUGCAUGAGUCUGACAGAGUUAAAGAAGAAGUAGUUGAGAAUGAGGAGAUGUUGGAACAGCAUCUGACAGCUCUUAUUGCAAGUGAAGAAAAUCUGAAGAAGAAGCUUGAAGUUUUAAACCGACAAAAUGAUGAGUCAACAAAAAAAGUUUCUGAACUGACAGCAGAAAAUGUGGACCUAAAGAAGGAGAUGGUGAAUAUGGAGAGUACUUUGAAGGGGUUGCAGAAAGAAUUGGAAAGAUUGUCACAUUUUGAGUAUUCAUUUACACAGGCUUCAGAAAAAGUUGAGACACUAGAGGCAGAAUUAAAGCGUGCUGUGAAUGAACUUGAACAUAGGAUGAAAGAGAAAGUUCAGAAGAUGCAACAACAUGCAGAAAAUUUGGAAACAGACUUGAGGAAUGUGAAUGUACAAUUAGAGCAUGUGGAACUGGAAAAAAGAACUCUGAUGGAACAGUUUGAGAAAUUGAAUGAUGAAAAGGUGAACAUAGAAGAUGAGGUAGAUGGGCUUAACCAAACAGUGGAAGGUUACAAACAAGCAAAUUCAGAUCUCAAAAAAGAACUUCAAGAAAAAUUAUUUGAAUUCAAAGCUACAAUUUCAGAGAAAGAAGUGUUAAGGAAAGAACUUGAAGAAAGACUUCAGUUUCUUGAAACUGAACUACAAGAGAAAACAUCAGCAUAUGAAGAGAAGGAACAUAUUAGCAAGGAAAUGAAUGGAAAGAUACAGUUAUUAGAAGCAGAACUGAAUAUGGUGACUUCUGCAUUUGAUACAGCAACCUUAGAAAAGGAAGAGAUAAAGUGCAAGCUGAAUGAAAGAAUUACUUCCCUAGAAAAAGAACUUGAGGGAACAGUAUCUUCAUUUGAAAGUGAUUCUUUGGAGAAAGAGAAGAUACACAGUGAACUGCAAGAAAAAAUUCAUUUUCAAGAGGCAGAAUUGAAAAGAUAUAUGCUUCAGGCUACAAUGAUGCAGUUCCCUACUGAAACAGACUCAAAUGUUAAUAGAAUAGAUUCUGAACAGCAUGUUGCUAGUUUAAAUGAAGAAUUAGGCCAUUUAAAGUCAAUUCUGAAGGACAAAGAUAAUGAAAUUAAGAGUUACCAAACUCGUUUGUUGCAGUUACAGUUUGGAAAUGUUUCAGAUGGUGGGCAUGACAUUCAUGCAUCUUUACAGGAGAAACUAUCAUGCUCUGAAGAGUCCAGCAUUGCAUUACAAGAGAUAGUACAUGUUAAAGAAGCACAGGUUUCAGACCUCAGCAUAGCUGUAGCCUCUUCCAAUGCAGAACUUGGGAACUUUCAAGGUACAGUGGAGGAGGAACUUACAAAGCAAGUGAAUGUCCUCCAAGAUGAGGUUUUGAAUCAAAAUAAUUAUAUUCAGCAAUUGCAGACCACGCUGUAUGAAGCAGAAGUUAAUUCCUCCCAGAAAUUUGAAUCUGUAACACGUGAGUAUGAAUUUAAGUUGUCAUCUCUGGAGAAUCAAAAUGAGGAACUCUUUAAGGAACUUUUGCAAAUAAAGGCUGAACAUGAGGUUGCAGACAUUGUCAGAGUUGCAGAAGAAUGUGUUCAGAAUAUGAAGAUAGUAUCAGAUGAUCCUAAUUUGUGGUCUAAGUCAGUAACAUUCCAGGAACCUAUACAGGAACACUCAAUUUCUACAGAAGUGGAUGAUCGGAUAAAGACGGAAGAAGAAUUGCAUUUCAUGAGAUCAGAAAGGGAUAAAGCUAUACUAAGAAUCGCAGAACUUGCAUCAAAAGUUCCUUCAGCAUCUGGUAAUACAGUCCUAAUUCUUGAAGAAGAUGGUGUAGAAAUUUCUCCAGAUGAAGACUGUAAUGAAGUCAGCAAACCAUUGCUACAAAUGAGUAGAUCAGAGAACGCAUGUGAGUUGGAGUAUUUUAUGGAUAAGGACAUUUCAGUGGAUGCAGUCCAACAGAUCAUGGCACCAGAGACAGUUUCUAACUUUGGGUCUUCAAGUUGGGAUAUGGAUGUAGAGGGUGAAGAGGAAAGGUGGGGGUGGGGUUCUGUUGAAGCACAACUUGAAGAAGAACACAUACGGAAACAGCAGGAGACUGUCUUGUGUUCAGAGGCUUCGUACAUGUUAAAUGAUCGCAUAGUUGCUCUAGAGGGCCACAUCAAGGACAUUGAAGCUGAAAAGGAGAAAUUCAGUGAAGAACUUCAUGCUGCACAAGUUCGUAGUGGGAAAAUGCUAAAAAAGUUACAGGACUUGAAAUUGAAAAAUGACAGUUUGUUGAAAGAGAAUAUGGAAUUGGCGAGGAAAAAUUGUGAUAAGAAUUUUGGUGAUCUUGAUCAAGCCAUUGAAGAAGAACUUAAAAUUUGUAUUGAUACUUUGGAGAAAGAACUCAAAGAAGUGAGAAGUGAGAGGGAUGCUGGUUGUGCUGAGAAGGAACGAUUAGCGACCCACAUUGACAUGUUGACGUGUGCCAACGAGAGGUUAGUGGAGAUGAAAGAAAGACAGGAUAUUGAUAUCGAAGUGUGGAAACAAAGAAACAAAGAUCUGAAUAAUCAUGUGCAGUCUCUGGAAUGGAGGAUUGGAGAACUGGUGGAAGAAAAUAAAUCUCUAACAAAAUCUGAUACAUCAGGGGUGGAGGGUAAGAAGGAGUCUUUCUUCUCAUGGGAUAAGCUUGAGAUCACUCAUGAUAGUAAAAGUUUUAUUAACAGAGAAUCAACCAACAAUGAAAUUCAAGAACAACUGGCAGCUUUGUCGGCAGAUAAUGAAAAUCUACAGGGACUUUUAGAGCAGCAGAGGAAUUUGAGGUUGGCUGCAGAAGCUGAGUUGCAGGAAAUACAGCAAAGAAUGUCACAGACGGUUACUGAACUGAGGUCUCUUUCAGAAGUUGAACAUUUGACAGCAGAAAAUAACAGUUUGAAAGAACAGUUGCAUAUAGCAACACAGUACAAGACAGUGGAGGAAUUAAAACAGGAAUGUGACAGACUUGAGAAAGAGAACAAUAACCUGCAAAAUGCUUACCAUGCUCUAAAAGCAGAAUAUGAUCGUAUGUGCAGAGAAUCAGAAGAGUGUGUAGUUGCAACUGAGAAAAAAUAUGAGACUUUGCAGUUUGAUUACACAAAGAAAAUAGAAGAUGUUUGUAAUGAAAAAUUAAAAAUUGAGGAGUAUUUCAGAAAUGUUCUAAAAGAACGUGAUGUACUAACUGAAGAUUUGCAGACACUAACUACAAUUUUGGCAGAUUUAACUCAACAAAAUGAGGCUCUAAAGUUAGAACACAACAGUGUAAAAGAACAUUUAAAGAUACAAAAGGAAACCUUGGUUUCUGCAGAUGAGCAGAAACAUGGCCUAGAACAAGAACUUGUUCAACUCAAAUCACAAUCAGAAAGUAACUCUUUGGGGUUAAGUGCCUCAUCUGAGUUAUUAUCUGAGCAGCAGAGGAGAAUCACGGAGCUAGAUAUGGAGUUACGAACCAAGACUGAAGAGAUUGAAAUGCUUUGCCAAUUGAUUGAGAGUCAGAAGCUUGAGCAGGCACAAGUUGAACAGGAAUGGAAUAGUAGGGUAGAACGUUUGAGAAAGGAACUUGAAUUUAAUGCAGAGGAUCUACAUAAGCAACAAGAUCGAUACAGCAUGCUUAUGAAAGAUUAUCAAGAACUAAGGGACCACAAUGAUGAAAUGAUUCGGUGUCAUAUUCAGGAAGCUCUGAAUGCAAAAGAACAGGAAAUUGAAAAUUACAGAGCUCGGCUUGAGGAGAAAGAAGCUCAGUUUGUCUUACAGAUUGAGCAGAGGUCUGAUGAGGACCUGAAAUAUAAGCUGAGUGAGUCCUCAGAUUUACUUAGUGCAAGAGACAAGGAUAUUGAAAGUCUGAAGUCCAAACUUAGUGAAAAAGAAAGUAAAAUUGAGGAAAUAAUUAGUGUAACUCAUAAAGACAUCCAAAAUUUAAAAAUUAUGCUAUCAGAUAAGGAACACAAGUUUGAAGAACUUGUGGGACAGAAAGACCAGGAUAUUUACAACUUAAAGGUCCUGUUAUCUGAAAAAGAUGCCAGAAUCAAUGAACUGCAACAAACUCUUGAUGAAGAAGCAAGACAGCUAACUGAAUUACGAGAGCUUCUUGAAGAUCGUGAACUUCAGUUAAAGCAAUUGAAGGAUGAGCUCUCAGUUACAGAAAGCAAAGAAGUGCAGGUUACUUCAGAAAGGAGAGGACAUAAAGACAGUAGUUAUGCUGAGGCACAACAGAGAGAACUGGAUCUAGCAUUGUAUAUGCUACACCAACGAGACGUCCGUUGUGAUGAACUGACAUUGGAACUAAUGCAGCUACUGGAAGAACGUGAUACUCUACAGUUGCGUCUUUCUAACGCAUUACGCGUGAAUGAAGAGCUUCGGGCUAUGUCCAGGACUUCAGCUAUGCCUUCACAUGAUGAAACUACAGAGCAGUUACAGCUGGGGGAGGAGGAGGUACCUCAGCACAUAGUAACUCCAUUAUCCUUAUCACCGUCAGUAAACACUGCAGUAGGGGGGCCACAGGAAGAUCUACAGGCUCUAGCUAAUAAGUUAUCACAGCUGCAUAGUGUUGGAUACCAUCAUGAUGUGACAUUACAAGAAGAACGAGAGCAACGCCACAAUGAGCAGAUGCGAAUGUUACAUCAGAGAGGAAGCGGUAUUGUCGUUGAUGCCAGUUAUACCCUUUCUCGAGAUGUCCAGAGUCCGUCCACUGUUCUCCUGAACUGGAUAUGGGGUCGCAGUACACCACGUGUGAUGCAUGUGUGAAUACCAAAUGAACCUUGGAAUAUCAUGUGAUGAAAAGCUUGGUUGACGGGUUUAAUUUUCCAAGAAAAAUUAUACAAAAAUGUUAUAUUGUAGAUAUACUGUUUUUCAUACAAAUCAACACUAAACCUUUUCCCAAACUUAGUUACACUUUCCAUGAUGUUCUAAUUCUGAUGUGAAAGUUGUAAUUUAUUGAAUGGAGCUUUGUUUCCAGCAACAAUGUGAUAGUCCUUUCACCAUUGCCUUACAAGAUUUUGUGUAAAAUUAUUCUAGGUUCAGUCAUUAUUUCAAUGAGGUGUAUCAGUUUCUUUAUUCACAUUGAGAUAAAAUUUGAAUAAAUUUGAUUUUGAAGAAACUGAUUUAUUUUACCUGCCAAGGUUAUAGAGUUUAUAAUACCUAAACAUUAUUGCUUUUGUAUAUAGUUGAAUAUGCGCAUUUAAUUUUGUUCUGGUUAUCAUUAGAAGUAACAAAAUCUGCCCUUUGUUUGCUCCCAUCUCAGUGGAGUCUUGAUUAUUUAAUGUCAGGAAUUAUUAUAAAAAGUUUUGAUGGAGCCCAUGUUUCAAAGAAAUGUCAUUUGUUUUAAUUACCCAUAUCCAUGCUCCAUGCAAUGGUCAUUAGUAUCUUAGAUAAGCAUGAAAGUAGACAAAUUAUUAUCCUCAAAGCCAUUCUAAUGGAUCUCAAGAACAAUAAUCUGUUAAUUUUAAUAAUAUGAAAGUGAAAUCUAAAUUGUGACUCAUUACACAAUGGAGCAGGAUAAUUCAGACAGUAAACUGGCUGGCUGUAGGUUGGUGACCAGGCUUCAAUUCCCAACUGGAACAUGAACAUUUCUUCUCGCCAUUCUGUCCAGACCAGCUAUGUGGUCCACCCAGCCUCCUGUCCAGCAGAUACCAGGGGCUCUAACCACAGAGCUAAAUGCAUUUGACCACUCAUCUCCUUCUAGUACCAAGGUUAAAACAUAUGAACCUGUAUCUGUACCACCAUUCACCUUCAAAGGUCAGAUAUGGAUUCCACCCCACCACUUUUUUCUCCCAUACUUUUCCCUUUAGCAGUCAAAUCUUUAUGAUUGUGAAGUAUAUGAGACACCACUAUGGUUGAGAAUCAACUUUGUAGGUUCCUUUUGCCCACCAUCUUCUGCACUGUCAUCCAGUCAUCAGGGACAAAAUGAAAAUCCUGUGUAAUAGGGGCUCCAGUCUAAAAAUGUGGAUUCCUGCCUUCAACCUUUCCCAUUCAGGUAGUCGGACACCAUACCUGGAGGGAUAUAAAACAUCGCAAGUUACUGGAUCCAUCAGAACACUCUAAAGGGAAGGUUGCAAUGGGCACAUAGAAUGUAUCCCUUUAUGAUAAACAGAAUAUUUGUCAUGGUUUGUAGAUAAUGGCAAUGUUGAAGGUGUUCAUGCAUCUAAAUAUUGGUUUCUGUACUUCAGCAACUUUAGGAACAGUCACUGUCAGAAUAUUCUUUGACUUUGUCACAUUCUCAGAAAGAAGUUUUGGAACCCUUAUUUUAAAUGCAGCUCCUCUUCUUGUCAGGUCGUGGAAGCAGGAAGCUAACAAUCUGGUCUGAAAACCAGUGAUUCUUUCUUUGGGUAUUUAAACAGACAGCAGAAUGACUGUAAAAAGCAUUUUGAACGUGUCAGAAUUAUGAAGUGCAGUGAUCCAGUUCGCCAUUGACACAAAUAUUCUUUUAAGCAGUAGUUUAUAUUCAGUUUUAAUUUUAGUGUAUCUGACUUGGUUCUGCUGACAGGAAUCUAAUAAGUUUUAGUAGGCACAUCUGAACUAUUUCCAUCACACAGUUUCGUAAGUGUCCAUUUGAUGAAAUUAUUGUAUUUAUCAUAGCAAUUUCAUAACCUAUGGUACAGACAUUCCGUAUUGUUUUUUUCCUCAAGGUAUGUCUGUAAUAUACAUUCACUGGCUUCCAAAACAGAAUGACAGUGGAGAAAUUUUAAUAUUAAUUGCCUUAGGAACCGAUUGUACAUAAUUUAUAAUUUUAACAUACAUUCAGAUUUAUUUGUAAAUAGCACUCUCAAGAUGUUAAUACAUUUUCUGUGGUGCAAUUUGUACGAAAUAAAGCUUAAAUUAUUUAAUGGUA